CAAUGACGUCAACGCCGCCAUGUUGCCCUGUCAUGUCAGCCUCCAGUGACACGCAUGAUUGGAAAGACUGACUGGAAGGACGAGAAAAUGUCACAGCGUAACUGAAUAACCGCGCUAGGUUUUUGACACACAUGAGUUUUCAGUUUGUCUUCGCCGACACUCACAGUAGAGGUUGAAGUGCACAGAAUUUGCGAAGGGGGGCGACAUGUUUAGAAAGAACAAAAACAUUAAGUAUAUCCUAAGUCUUGUACCAGGGAAACGACGCUUCGGCAUUUAUCGGUUUUUGCCCAUUUUCUUCUGCAUCGGCGGUGUUAUGGAGUGGGUCAUGAUAAACGUGCGAAUAGGACGAGAGACAUUCUAUGAUGUCUAUAGGAGAAAACGCUCUGAGAGGGAGUACCAACAGAAAAUCGAGGAUGGAAUAAUUGUACUUCCUGAAUCAGAAUCAAAAUAAACUUUUUUUUCUUUCUAACUGAGUGAUACCGGUGGGGAUGUGAUAUGAGAUGUGAUAAGACCUUUGCCAAGUGGAUUUAAGAGUUUUAAAAGUGACUUUAUAUUUAAACUGAAGUGUACGUUUUCCCAAAUGAGGGUAACAGUUCAAGAAAGGCCAAGGGAAUGUAAAGGGUUUUUUUUCAAUGUGUAUUUAUUAAUUACAAAAUCUGAUUAUUAGAACACAUCACUUGUCAUAAUCAUUUUUAACAUUUUGCCAUCUUUGUGAUUAAUAUUUCACCAAAUUCAUGAAAUGAACAUUUUGCCUUGCACUAUUUUUUUUUUACCUGUGCAAUUCUUACAGUUUAUUUUUCCAUGCACCACAUGCUUUUAAAAUAUUAUCUGAUACAUAUGGUAUCUAUUUUGACAUAUGACUUAGUGCAGUUGUUCAAGGUUUCGGACAUUGCCAAUGUCUAAACGCAAAGCAAAGUCUGGACUAGGCCAAGCUUUGAAAGCUUUUUGCAGAUACUAAGGGUGCUUGGAAUAAUAACCGAAUGUGGUCAUAUUAGCCCCAGGUGCCAGUUAGACAACUGCAGAGGGAGUGUGUUCUCUCUCUACAGUCCCUCCACUUGAUCUUCAGCUUACUUGUAGAGCCCGAUUGGAAGAGCUCUCAGACAGAUGAAGCUGUUUGGAUGCUGGGCAAGCAUCAGCGGAUUCCCAUCCAGUCGCACCUCCUGCAUGUUGUACCUGAUGUAGUAUGUGUCGUUCCCCUUGCAGAACGUUUCAUCCGUCAAGGUAGUUAUGUUGUUGUUCUGCAUGGAGAAACAAAAUACCAUUCUUUACCAAAGACUUGGUUGUCUGAUGCUGUAUAUUUUUCCUACCCAUUGACAUAAUGAUAGCAAAAUACAAUUUAAUGUUUAACCAUAAAGGCAUGUUUUUUUCUGAGUUUCUGUAACUAUUUGUGUUUCACUGAUUACUUAAUAACAAAUUCUUUGUAUCCAAAGUGUAAUCUAAUUUGAGUUCAAUUUAUUCUACUUUCAUCAGCAGGUUUGUUAUGGUAUGUUCCAUCUUUAAUGGAGUAGCAAAUGCUUUUCACAGCACAGCACCAGUAAAGUCCUUACUUUUUUUUCCCCAAGUUUUAACUUGCACAGUAUAAAUUUGCAUAUGAAUACUUUCCUGCAUAGUAUACGAAACUUUCAUAGUAAAGAGACAGCACUGUUGAAUAUAGAAAAUGUCCUCCAUCUAGGGCUAUUUGUCUCUUAAUGUCUUAAUGACAAGGCUAGAAGAUGGGAAAAUCUCAGGACCAAAGGGAUGGAUUGUUGCUGGUUUUUAUUCCGCUUGACCGAUAACUAGCCGGUGUGUGUUUGUGAAAAAGUAAAUUAUAGGAUCUCACAGAAAUGCUGUUGAUGUUAUCCCACUCACUACUGCAUGCCAUAAUCUUUGGGCCUACUUUUAUAAUUGUAUUGCAGGGAUGUCCAAUCUUAUCUACAAAGAGCCUGUGUGGGUAGAGGUUUUCAUCCUAAUCACACAGGAGCUACACCCAAUACCACCUGUUUAAUCAGUUGAUCUUGGCUAUCAAUAGACUCGGGUGUGGCUUCUGCUUUGUUGGAAUGAAAACUCACUCCCACACUAGCCCUUUCUGGAUAAGAUUAAACACUCCUGUUCUAGUGCAUGCCAGAGAUUCAGUUAUCAUUUACAGUGUUUGUAUAAGUAUUCACCCCCUUGAACUUUUCUACAUUUGUAGUGUUACAAUCUGGAAUUAAAAUGGAGUUAAUUUGGA